AAUAGCUUUCGAAAAUGAUCUCAAAGACUUCAAUUCUUCUCCUUGGUUUUGCCUGCGCAACUGUUGGAGCCAGUUAUAUGGACUCCGGCCCAUUCAAAUUCGAUGACUCUUGCGAACCACUCGAACCACCACGCAAGCCAGAGGUCUCCGAAUGCUAUGAGGCACAGCCGAAAGCAUUUUUGCCAAAAGCUUUAGAGGAGUAUCGUGCAUUGGGAUACGACUGGGGAGAGUUUGUGCAUGACGACGAAGCGGAUAAGGCUCCAGAAGGACUUGACGAGGUCUUCACUUACCCAAUGGUUCCAUUCAUCGGCAUGAGCCUUCUCGCCUCUAAGAAAUUCUAAUUGUGAUUCUGUGAAAAUAUUUCAAAUGUGGAAUAAACCUGUUAACAAAA